GAUGCCAAAAGUUGCUAAUUAGUAAAGCCCAAGUACCCUAGUUGAAAAAGAUCACCAGGUGCCAUCUGCACUUCUUGUGUUGUGGAGGAAAGUCCCUGAGGGAAACCUUCCAGAGACCAUAAGGAGUCUGUGACAGGCUUUCUGCCCAGAAGGCUAGGCACAAACGGCAGAAAGAAACGAGGACUGUCACCAGCUGGCCACAUCUAGGAAUAGUUUUGGAAAAGUGGACUCUGCUGAAAGCAUCUGCCCUGUUAAAUCCGACGAACCAGACAGAAGCAUCCAGUACACCUACCAUGAAAUCGAUACAGGGCUACAAAAGGACUGUCAAUGGCAGGCUACCAGCUCUGGUCACCAUGGACCCCACUGGAUGAGAGCUUCCAAUGGCUGCGGCACACAACACCUACCCCUUCCUCCAAACACCCUUUUAGGGCCUCUCCUUGUCUUCCCCAAACCCCUUCUGACCUUGAAGUACAGUUAUGCUUUAAAGAAGUUACAGUUGUCCUAGACAGCCCACUUGUGGAACCUGGAGAGAGCCCCAAGCUACCCUGUCACACAUCAGAGCUCCGAGCCUCGAAUAACAAGAAAGGACUGGUGAGGAAGCCCCAGCCAGUCCGCCUCAAUGGAGUGGAUUCUGUUUUUGGUAGGGUCAUCACCGCCCAGCCACCCAAAUGGACUGGCACUUUCAGAGUUUCAGACAAGUCAGCUUUCUGCAAAAUUAUCAGCAGGGAGCACCAGUGGCCCACUGGACUCAAGGAGCCUCAGAUUCAGAUGACAGUGACUAUGUGCAAACAGAUGCUACGCUCAAUCCUCCUGCUGUAUGCGACCUACAAGAAGUGCACCUUUGCCUUGCAGCACUCCAAGUAAAGGGUCCCCAUCUGACCCCUGUGCUCCACACCAUGCUCUCUGGUAUGUACCCAAAGUUUACACAGACCUAUUCACAUAAAUCAAAUUGUGAUAUCAUGCCAGAUAUCUUGCCUUUUGGUCAUGCUGUGACAAUUUAGGA